AUGUCCGCGACCCUGGCGGAUCCAUAUCCAGACUAUACGCCCAGCUACUCUCACCAUGCCAAUUGCACGACGGAAGAACAGGGAAACCUGUUGAUAUUUGAUGCCAGCCAGACCGACUUGGAUCAUACUCAUCCGUCUUUUACCCCAGACACGCCUCAUCAAUCACUCUUUGACCAACAUCCCCCGCCGGAUCAGCGGCAUGCAGGUACCGCAAUCUUGUCAUCGGGCACGCCUCAGCCCAUGACUCAUGAUUAUUCGCAGUCUGUUCUCCUCACAUCGCAGCUGCAGCCUCAAGAUCCGCUGCAUUAUACGCCCACUGCUCUGCAGGUCUUCUCCGCUCCGCGUGGCAGGAAACGGUCUCAUGCAGAGAGCGAAGGUGAGCCCGGUCAGUUGGAUCCCACCGUUGGACCACAGCUGUCUGGCCUGCCCGCCAGUGAGGUGUCCCCCGAAGCGACACAUUCUCCCGAGUUUCUUUUUACGGUGCCCGGUGAUUCCUCUCCACACCUGCCCCCUGGCUCGAGUCAUAGAUACUCGACCCCGCAAUCUUCUGCGACGCUACCACGGCACCAUCACCAUCGCCUCCCUCCCCAGGCUUCAUUGCAACCAGAUCAACAGUAUGGUUCGGACACAUCGUCACCACCGGCAGUUCCCGGUCCGCCAAGCGUGGUAGGCCAGCCAGGCAUGCCCGAGCCCGCUCCCAGGCCACCGGGACCGAAGCUCAAGUUCACUGCGGAGGAAGACGCCCUGCUAGUCGAGCUGAAGGAGAAUAAAAAUCUCACAUGGAGGCAAAUUUCUGAUUUCUUCCCCGGUCGAACCAGCGGCACUCUUCAAGUCCGCUAUUGCACCAAGUUGAAAGUGAAAGAUACAGUCUGGUCGGACGAAAUGGUCGAACGGCUACGGCACGCGAUCGAAGACUAUGAAAAUGACCGUUGGCGUAUCAUCGCGACCAAGGUUGGCCACGGAUUCACGCCUGCAGCCUGCCGCGCAAAAGCGGCGGAUCUUUGA